UACUUUGGUCUUUGGUAUCUCAUCCUGCACAAAACUCUCACCGGAGAUCAAUCUAUACGUUAUCAUACAUUCUUUUACUUUUUAUUUUUUUAUUCUAUUUAUUAUUUUCAAUUUUUUUCCUUGUAAGAUCUCUUAUUAUGUUCCAUUCCUUGAAGUGAAAUUAGUAAUUCAGUUGCUUCUUCUUUUAAUUUUCGCGCCAUGAAUGCUCUCCGGCAUUCGUUUCUGGCUCUGCUGAGAAAUCUCUGAUUUCCGUAACUUCUCUGCAAUCUCAGUAACCUUACUGUUCUUCCUGCAACCCCUAGUUUUCUUCUAAGAAAACCCUAGUUUUCUAUGGUUAUGAAGGCGAUACUUAGAAGAUAUGCCUUCGUCUCCUAAGGCCUACUACCCUCGCCCAUCGAGGUAUUCUUACGUUCGGAGAUCUUCGUUUUUGGCCUUUUGUCUUCUUAUUGGAAUCACUAGUUUUGCUUUUGGAUUGGUGUCCAUUUUAAAGCCCGCUCCUGGGUAUAAAUGUAAGAAUAGUGUAGCUAGAUCUGUCUCUGUUGUUUGGGAGAAGGGGAAACAUGUUGAGGAUCUGAAUCGCGUUAGUUCUGUUGGGAAUCAGAAAAGGUACAAAGUGAUGGGAUUUGUGGGAAUACAGACUGGUUUUGGAUCCGUUGGAAGGCGAAGAUCGUUGCGGAAGACUUGGAUGCCUUCUGAUAAGCAAGGCCUUCAACGCUUGGAAGAGUCUACGGGAUUGGCUUUUCGAUUUGUCAUAGGAAGAACAAAUGAUAAUUCAAAGAUGUCUGAGCUCAGAAAAGAGGUGGCAGAGUAUGAUGAUUUCAUGCUCUUAGAUAUCGAGGAAGAGUACAGCAAGCUCCCGUAUAAAACGUUAGCUUUCUUUAAAGCUGCUUAUGCACUUAUUGAUUCAGAUUUCUAUGUUAAGGCUGAUGAUGAUAUAUAUUUGAGGCCAGAUCGUCUUUCACUACUCUUGGCAAAAGAACGUUCUCACCCUCAAACUUACCUUGGAUGCAUGAAAAAAGGUCCAGUUUUCACUGAACCAACUCUCAAAUGGUAUGAGCCACUAUCUUAUUUGCUAGGAAAGGAAUACUUUCUCCAUGCUUAUGGUCCUAUAUAUGCUCUUUCAGCGGAUGUGGUAGCAAGCUUAGUUGCUUUAAGAAAUGACAGUUUCCGAAUGUUCAGUAAUGAGGACGUUACAAUUGGUGCAUGGAUGCUUGCAAUGAAUGUCAACCAUGAGGACAAUCAAGCACUAUGUGAACCAGAGUGCACACCAUCAUCUAUUGCUGUGUGGGAUAUUCCCAAGUGUUCAGGACUUUGCAACCCAGAAAAGAAGUUACUGGAACUUCAUGAAAUUGAGAGCUGCUCAAAAAGUCCAACUUCAUAUUAUGACGAGUAGCAUCUUUACCGGUUCCUGGUGCAAAUGGGACAACUUGUGCAGACUGCAAAAUCGCUUGGUUUACCUUUAACUGGUUUGCCAGUCGAUCACCAAUCCUGGCUUUAUAUUUUCUAAGGGUGCCAAUUUUGGUUUCAUGUUUUUCAGUUCAUUUUCCUCCUUUUAUUUUUAGUUGGGGGAGAGGGGGAGGUAUGAGAAUAUCCUUAUGAAGCCAUAAAAUUCAAAAUUCUUGGGAAUAUGGUAGAGACUUAUUUGAGAGCUCCGAUACAUGAUAACCCUGGACAUAGGAUAUACUCGUUCAUAAGCACGUUGUUUCAAAUUUUCAAUUAAAGGUGAACCAAAAUCAGCCACGGACUGAUGGACGUGAUGAUAAAUUAUAAGUUGGGCUUGCCCAUCAAUCACUUUUUCAUCCA